UCCGAGCGUUUCAGCCUCACUUCAAAUCUCGUAGGGACGUAACAGGAGCAUCAUACGCCUUGGCUCGUGUGUAGCCCACCUCACUGCGUGUAAUAGUGGGAAGGAGGCGCCUGCCACCACCAGUACCAACCCACUGGCCCAGUGCACCUCCGUCCUGUAGCGCAACACGCUGGUCCUACUCGGUCCCGGAGAACGGACCGAACGAACAACCAGAGAGGAUUUUGAUUUAUCUUCCGAUUGCUUCGGAUUGUUUCGUGUUUCAUCUUAUUGACAGCCCUCCCAGUGUUAGUUGUCCCAGCUGUGAGCCUGUACAGUAGUUUUCUUGUGUCCAGAUCGUGAGGGGCAGACCCGCGCCCACAACACCCUGCUGUCUGAAUCACGAUCUCAUCCGCACCGGAGAGCUUUGGACCAUCCGUCACUCCCAACUCCCACUCCACGGCUAUGACCCAUAGCGAGUGACGUCUCUCCACUUCACACACACACACACACCCUUACUUUCCAAUCGACCCAACGCCUCCGGUUCCACCAUGGGUUCCCGCAGCCAGGGUUUCUUCCACCACAACCACCACCACCACCGCUCCAUGGUGCCCGCGGCCGUGCCCCGACUGCUGGCCGAGACCACCAGCCUGCUGGGGGGCAUCGCGCAGAUCACCCCCAACCUGUUCCUCAGCCGGGGCAACGUGGCGUCCAACCGCAGCCUGCUGCUGUCCAAGGGCAUCACGUGCGUGGUCAACGCCACCAUCGAGCUGCCCAACUUCAACUGGCCCCACGUGGAGUACGUCAAGGUGCCCCUGGCCGACAUGCCCCACUCGCCGCUCUCGCUGUACUUCGACAGCAUCGCCGACAAGAUCCACAGCGUGGGGCGCAAGCGCGGGGCCGUGCUGGUGCACUGCGCGGCCGGGGUCAGCCGCUCGGCGUCGCUGUGCCUGGCCUACCUCAUGAAGUACCACCGCGUGUCCCUGGCCGAGGCCCACGCCUGGGUGAAGGCCCGGCGGCCCGUCAUCAGGCCCAACGGGGGCUUCUGGCGCCAACUCAUCGAGUACGAGAGGAAGCUGUUCGGCAGGAACUCGGUGAAGAUGGUGCAGACGCCCUACGGGGUCAUACCCGACGUCUACGAGAGGGACCGCAGGACCCUGGCGCCGUACUGGGGCCUGUGACGGGGGGGACUGGACCAGCGAGGGAAGGGAAGGGAAGGAAGAGGGAGGAGGCAGGUUUGAUGGGGUGGGGUUGGGGGGAAGGAUGAGCGUCGUUUGAGGGUCUUUGCAGUUUCCUGCUCAGCCUGCAGCCCCCCCAGCGUUUCUGCGGGUUCCUCUAUUUAAAAUAAAGUGUUAUGGAGGAGGGAAUGGUCGAUUCCAACCGAGCAUUGGUGAAGGGGGCUGCCUUCUGUCCAGCCGUACUCCAGAACAGACAUUCAAAAUCCUCCCGACGAGUUGAGGGGAGUGGAAGAUGUGACUGACUCUGGAAAAUAUACCAGAAUAUGAACUGAAUAGAGAAUACAAAAAGUUGAUCCGGUAAACAUCAACAAUGAUUCAUGUCAUUUUCUGCAAAACAACAAAUUAAGUCAGUUGAACUUUCCACAGGAGCAAGGGCAUAAAGAGAGACCCCAACGAUACCGAUAAAAAGUAUGUAAAGAAAAUAGUAAACAAAAAAGGUAAAAAAAAAGAAAUGGGGUUGUAGCUGCUCUCUUUUUCUCCUGGUUGACCUUUCCACUGGACUCCAUAGAAUAACCGUGUAUGCAAUGAGAGAGUGUUGGGCUGAGAGUACAGACCCAGUGAGUCUCUGUUGACAACGUAGUGAUUGAGGCCCAGGCCUCGGCGUAGUGUCAUGUCGUGGUAUUGUGCCAGUUCUUCGGUGGUUAUCUUCAAUGUGUGGGGCUGUAUGCUGUAAGCUCGAUUUAUGGUAGCACUUUCAAAAAAACGUCAAAAUCAGUGUACAGAGUUGAAAAAAAUGGAUAUAAAAGACGUAGAAAGAUUAUGUUAGCAAAAGUGUAUUGUUGGAAAGGAUAUUUUGGAGCAGUUUGAGCGCACAAAAUAUGGGAAGCAUAUGGUCGUAUAUAUAUUUUAAAUGAAAUAGUUGAACGAUGUUACUAUAUCAAUUUAUUUUUUUUAAGCUAAAUGAAAGUGCUAGAAAAGAACGGUAACAGAUGAGCCUGUCGUUGGCUAACUGUCCGCGACACCACGAGAAAGUGAAAACUCUGUGGUGACGGCUUGGAGAGAACCGGUUUGUGGCGGCUGAUUUGCACCGUGCAUUAAAAUUCAACAAGUAGCAAGGUACAAAACGAGACAGCGGUUUACCAUUGUGGAUUACAGCCCUAAACAAAUCAAUCAACAGUUUUCACUGGUGAACAAUCAUAGGUAUGGCUUUGAAGACGGACCAUAGCAGGAAAGAGGCACAUUUAGACCUGUGCGUCACAGGCAGAACCUGAAUUUACAAGUUGUUUAACGACCCAAAUGAUAUAUAUAUAUUGUAACAAAAAGAAGCUCAUGCCACUGUUUGUGUUUAAAUUUGAUUAAAAUGAAUAACUCAUA